AUGCAGCGCAGUCUCAUUACCGGGCACAACAACAACCGUCACCUCACAAUUGAGGAGCUGGAGAACAACAUCGGCGGCCUGCCCAUCACCGACCAGAAGCUGCAGGAGCUCUUUGACUCACUCGACACGGAGCACAACGGCUACCUCCCCAUUGAAGAGGUCAAGGCCUUCUACCGGUGCCUCGAGCACUACGGGCUGGACCCGACCGAUGCCGAGGUAGAGGCCGAGGUGCGCAAGUACUCCAAGAGCGACGACAACUAUAUGACCUUCGACGAGUUUUGCUGCCUUAUGCUGAACUUCGCCCAGCGGUAA